AGCGGCUUCCAUGUCAAACUUGGCGAAAAAAAAGUUGACCUCUUGUCGCGUCCUUGCUCGACCGCGACAAUGACGGAGACACUUGUCCAAUCCACUGUUCUAGGGAAACGAAAGGUUCAUCCGGCAACAGAUUUUGUUCUUCAUCUUGCUUCCAGUCCAGAACCAGGCCCUACAGACUCGGAAUAUGAGGUGCCGUCGACGAGCAAAUCUGACGUUCCUUCCAAGCCUAUUCUCGUCAACGGGAAGCUCGUUAGCUACACGAAGAAAAGAUAUAGAUGCACCUUUGAGGGUUGCGACAAGGCUUACUCAAAGCCCUCACGUUUAGAGGAACACGAACGUUCACACACAGGCCAGCGCCCGUUCGUUUGUGAUACAUGCAGCAAAUCGUACCUUAGGGAAACCCAUCUGCAAGCACAUGCUCGAAGCCAUUUACCUGAAUCUUCAAGACCUUUGGUAUGCCAACUGCCAAAUUGCGGGAAGCGAUUUUGGACUAGACAGCAUCUCCGUGCCCAUACGACUUGGCACAGUGGUGCCAAGAAGUUUACUUGUUCUGAACCUGGCUGCGGUGAUGCCUUUAUGAAGCACCAUCAUCUGCGGACGCAUAUCUGUACUACGCAUGCACCUCCUGGAACGAAACCUUUUCAAUGUACCCACCAAGGCUGUACAAAGUCUUUUGAUACCAAGCAACAUUUAUAUACCCAUGGCAAGAUUCACUAUGACAAACGGUACACAUGCGUACAUCAGAAUUGUCUCGCCGCGCCAGGCCAGUCACCUACAUAUUAUUCUACGUGGUCAUCUCUGCAACGUCAUAUCCGCACCGCACAUCCUCCAACCUGUGCACAUCCCUCCUGUAAUGGCAAAACAUUUUCUACCCAGAAGGGCUUGAGAGCACACGAGAAGCUCCACUUAGAGUGGGACGCCGAGGCCCAACUAGAAGCAAACGAACCUCCUCGCAAGAGGCGACGCGGUGGAGAACUUGGUCGGGACUGGCUAUGUGAUGUCGAGUAUUGUGGGAAAGACUUCAAAUCUAAAAAGGCUUUGACGACGCAUCACAACGUCACCCACCUUUGUAGAAGAGACCAUGUCUGUCCUUAUGAUGAUUGCAAACGGGCGUUUGGAUACAAGCACCUCCUCCGGCGCCACUUGGCUAAAGUGCAUACCCCUUCCGACGAAGAGUCGCUCUCGGACCGUGAAGAGUCGUCUUCAUCUUCGGACGAAGAGACAGCCAAAUUUGAUAUCGACGCGCUUACAGGCAAUUUGUACAAGCAGAGAGCGAAGAAGAAAUUGGAGUCCUCUCCAAAUGCACUCCCUUGUCCCUACCCUCGGAUGCAUGAGGCUGGUUUGCCGUGCAACGGCACUCUGAGCGAAGGAAACUGCGAUUACGUGUUCAGCCGAGCGUAUGACUUCCGGAGACAUCUUGCGUCGGUGCAUGAAUUGCCUCUUGAGAAGGAGGAGGUCGAUGCUUGGGUAAAGAAAGCUAAAAGGGCCAAGUUAGAUACCCAGCACUAAUAGAAUAUACGUUUUGAAUACUCUCAUUUAUUCCACGUUGUGCUGAAUGGUAUACGACUCAAACUCUAAUCAAUACGGUUGCUAUU